AAUGUGCGUACGGACGGCAGAAGACAAACAAUACUUGGCUUUGACUUUAAAGUUAACUCCCUCUGGUCUGCUGUUUCUCUGUUCCCCUGCACUCUUUGGAGGAGAGGGCUCGAGGAUGGAAGGUGCAGAGCAAACCCGCCUUGAGGAAAUGCUAAUGUGCACAGUGUGCCAGGACAUCUUCAAGGAUCCUCGGCAGCUGCCCUGUGGACACAGCAUGUGUAUGAGCUGUCUGGAAAACAUGAUGGAUCACUCCUCAGACAUUCCCUUCCGCUGCCCUGACUGUAGGACUUAUUUUGGACAGGUCAUCAAGGUACAGAAGAACUACUCACUGGCUAACAUUGCAGAGGACUUCAGGGAGAACAAGAGGAGGAAGGAGGAGCAGACAAAAAAUGUGUACUGCAACUUCUGCCUGGAGAAAAAAGUCCCAGCCAUAAAAACGUGUCUUAAGUGUGAGGUGUCAAUGUGCAAAGAGCACGUGAAGGACCACCUGGAGAUUCCAGUGUUCACAGGCCACCCUGUGGUCAGGCCUCUGGGUGACCUCCAAGAGAGGAAGUGCCCACAGCACGAGGACGAGGUGCUAAGGUACUACUGCAACACAUCCAGGCGCUACAUCUGUAACUUGUGCGCCCUGGAGAGCAAACAGAACAACCUUGCCACCGAGGCCUCUACUGUCCUACGGAGAAACCUGACUGACUACAUGGACCAGCGCUUCACAAUGCUUAAGAAGCAGAUCACAGAAUCCAAUGACUCACUGAGACACCUGAAAGAAGAGAUCAAACGUGAAAAACUGAAAGUGCAAAAUGCCAACUGCCUCAACAGUGUCACAGUGGUGCUGCUCUCCCUGUGGUUUAUAGUUCUGUAUUAUGCCUACACCUACUCUGUGGAAAACCAGACACUAACAGAAGCACUGGAAAAGCAGCACAGCCGUGUGCAUCAGAUCUAUUCCACCAUCGCAGAAUUCUUGGUUGAGCAUCCAACGACAAGCAACACACUUCUAGAGGCGGAUGAUGAAGGAGCUUUCAAUCUGGACCUGGACACUGCCAGUCCUUUCCUUGGAGUCUCCACUGACCUCCGAACAGUGGAGAGAGUGAAAACCAAGCUGGAUUAUCCUAUCAGUAACAAACGCUUCGAUGAAGCCCCGCAGAUCCUCUCCAUGCGCUGCUUCUCCUUUGGUAUCCACACCUGGGAGCUGGAGGCUGAGGGAUACUGGGACAUCGCCGUCUCCUACAGGAGCAUCCAACGCAAGAGCAAGAACAGCAGUGCCUUUGGAAACAACGCAGUGUCCUGGAGCCUAACACACGAUGGAAAAGGCAAGCUGUUUGCUUACCAUAACGGUCGGAAAAAAGCUCUCUCUGAAAACCUGCAGAGCAGCCGAAUAGCAGUGACGGUCAAUUUUGAGAAAGGCAACAUCACAUUCAGUGCUGUGGAGCUCACCAUCACCCAGCUGCACGAGUUCAGGGCUAAACUGACUCAGCCAGUGUGUCUGGGUGUGGGGCUUUACCGUGUGGAUCCACUGAGCAAAGCCUCUGUUGUCAAGGUUUCCUGAAUAAUCCUACAAACUCAAAAUGAAGCUAAAGCUGCAUCCAGACUGCCUCAAGUCCAGUGACUGGUCUCAGGUAUAAUUUUAUAUUGUAAAGCAUUUUAUGGUAUGUACAGUAUGUAUAUAAUAUAAUUAACUGAAUGUUUUUCCUUUGAUUGUAGAUUUUUUUUCUGUAUAAAUGUAACUUUGAAAUAUACAUUAUUUUUAUACAAAGUGUUUGUCAUAGGGAAUUCAGUAUAGGACGGUGACUGUACUGUGAGACUAAAUAAAGCCUACAUCUCAGCAUUGAAGCCACUUUAACGAAUGACAAUCAGUCUUACCACUUUCACUAUUAUAAUUAUUGCUGUAACUAUUGUAACAACAUAUAUAUUAUUCUGAUUUUCAAUAAUUUGCCCCAUUUUUCUACAGACUAGAUUUACUGCAGAUGUAUGUGUCCACUAACCUGUCAAGUUGCAGUUUACAUCCUUGUCUGUCCAGACUCUGAUAUGUAGCACAGACUUUGAAGGAACUUAUUAAAAAGGUAUUAAGUGUGUUGUAUCAUACAUAGUUUAUGAAUUCUCAAGUGUUUUUUGAAGUCACAGUGACCUUUGACCACCAUAAUCUAAUCAGUUCAUUCUUGAGUUCAAGUGAACAUUUGUGCUAAAGUCCCUCAAAAUGUUCCCGUAAUAUGACGUUCAUGAGAACAGGACAGACUGAAUCUAUGUAACUUUUCUGAAAACCAGCCACUUUGGUCACAAGUCACAAUGAUAAUGAUAAAUUCCAAAGUGCAGCAGAAGCAUAAGAAUUAUAAAGUAAGCAAAGCGACUCAGUUAAUGUUUACACGAGCUAGCCUUAGCCACCACAACCCACUGGUCAUACCAGACUACAUAAGGCUGCAGCAGUUAAACCCCUGAGUGUGCUGAACUGAGUAAGAGUGUGUUUGAUUGCUUAUGAAUUCAGCUUUUCAUUUGUCAGAGGUAUAAUGUGUGAUUUCCUCUCUCAAAGUCUUUCUUUAAAGGACACAGCAAAAACAGCAAUCUCUAUAUUGAGCUAUUUUUUC